CCUGAGGAGGCCGGUCAGGCGCUGGGCUCGUGCCGCAGUGCCGUGCACCGCCCCUGGAACCUGGCAGGGGGCGCUGGUUACCGGUUUGCUGAGGUAGCCUCCGAAUAAGCUUAAAGUCAGCGAAGCCCGCUGGCCGCCAGCGGCCCUCGCGGUUGGGAAUUGAGGGACGGGCGGGCUCCGCGUCGGCCUUUCUGGCGCUCGUUUUUAGCGCAAGGCCCCGCUCGGGAGAGAAGAAGGGCUCGGCGGCCCCGGGAGGAACCUCUUCGCCAUGCAGGCCCGGCGGCGCCUGCUGUUGUUGUUGCCGCCGCUUUCGGAGGAUCAAGCACAGCAUAGAGUCUCAACUGAACUACCUGACUUUGCAGUAUAUCUGAUGGAUAGGCAAUGCCUGAAUUGUUUCUUCAUGCUUAUAUAAGAUUAAAGGUUCAAACAAGAUUCUGGAUGACAUUCCUGCCAAAUGGAGAACUAUUUCCAGACAGAGGCUUAUAACCUUGAUAAGGUUUUAGAUGAAUUUGAACAAAAUGAAGAUGAAGCUAUUUCACCUACAUUGUUGGAAGCAAAGUGGAGUCAGAUCCUAGAUCCUCCUUCUCAACGGCUGACUUUGAACCCAGCUCUAGCCAAUGUAAAUGAAUCAACCCUUUCUAAGUGUCCAGAGAAAUUGAAAUCCUUUUCCCUAUCACAUAUAGCCACUACAUCUAUAGGAGGAGGGGCUUACUGUUUUAAUGGCCAAAAUCCUAAUAUGAGCCAAGAAAACACAAACAUGUGGAUUGAUGACCAGGCAACAACAGAUGAUCAGUUGGUUAUGAGAAAUAGCAAUCAAAAUAUUCAGUGUCACUCUGCUGAUGAUGAAGGAAAAAAAUGUGGCAGUAUAGACUGUUUACCCGAAGAACAAAAUGUUCUAGUUGUAGCAGUCAUGCAUAACUGUGACAAAAAAGCAUUACAAAAUGAUUUGCUGGGUUGUAAAAGUUAUAGCAGCCCCCCCUUCAUGGAUACUGUUAGCUUUACACUGGAUAAUGAAGUCCAACAAACCAAUCAUCUUCAUAUUACUGUAAAUGGGUCUGUUGAAAAAGAUACAGAUACUGAAAAAGAACCAGUACUAGCAACAAGUCUGAAUGCAAGUGAAGAUUCUAUUAACCAUGAUAUUGCUGCUGCUGCUUCUUCAAAUUGUUCAUACGGUGACUCUUCUUUGUUAAAGGAGAAUAAUGAUAAUGCAAAUAAAGAUAAUCACUUCUCACAAACUACUGCAUCGGGGAUUAUAAUUCCUUUUCAGAGGCCAUUUGACCCAAGCAUUAAAGUGCAAGAACAAAAUGCAUCAGUUGAAGAUUUAAACACUGAUGUAGUUGUUCAGAAAACAGAACUGGAAACCAAAAGUUCUUCACCUAAUACACACAAUGAUAGCUUUUCCUUUAAGACUUCCGUAACAGAGCAGAUAGCCUCAAAAGUUCAAUCAGGGAUAGCUGAGUUGUCUACGACAUGUAAAUUGAAUGUACUAGGAAGUGGCUAUGAUUGUGAACCUUCUGGUGGAUAUUUGAUCUCUCAAGAUGUUACUGCUAUUGAAAAUGAAGCUGGCAAAUAUGAUAAAAAACUAUCCAGCACAGCUGCUUAUUCAUCAGACUGUCAAGAGAUGACAAAUGAAGAACUGACUCCACAAAAUGAGAUGGGAGAACAAAUAAACACAGAAAAUGAAGCACAGCAGCAAAUAUGUAAUAUCAGUGCAGGUAACAGUGAUGGCAUUUUAGAAAUAGACACUGAUUUAAAAGGGUCAUCUAUAAAUGAGCUUGAAAAUUCCAGUCCAACUGAUGUCACUGGGACAUUAUUGUCAAGUGGGCUGCCCAAUUAUUGUGAUUCCUAUGGAAUACAGAACUCAGUUAUUGCUCAUAUUCCAAAGACUUUGCCCUCCAAGGAAGACUCUGUAACGGAGGAAAAAGAGAUAGAAGAGAGCAAAUCAGAAUGCUAUAGUAAUGUUUAUGAACAAAGAGGAAAUGAAGCCACAGAAAGAAGUGGACUCACUUCGAACUGCUCCGGUGACCAAAUGAGAAAAAAAUGCUUGCAUAAUCUCUGCAGUCAGAUUCCCUCUGAAUCAACUGAAGCGUCAGUAAAAUCAGCAGCUCAUUUACAAUCUCUCAGUAUUCCUUUUGGUGGUGCCCGACCAAAACAGCCUACAAAUCUUACACUACAGAUUCCAAAGCCAUUAUUGGAUCAUUUACAAAAUGACUUGGUUCCUCCAAACUCUGGUGGGAAUAUUAAAAAUAAAAACGAUGUAAGUGAAAAAAUAAAAACAAGCGAAAAUGUAGCAACAAAUAUAUAUACCGAUGAAACAGUACAGAAUGCUCUGGUCACAGAUGCCAGUGGCGAGCAUGCAGAUGACUAUGAUUCUGUGGUUUCCAAUAGUUUGUGCCUUGCAACAGCCUCAGAUAGCCCUGACAAUGAUCUUGGAGCCAGCCAGUCGGGUGUUCAUACAAGAAAGCCAUUUACUACUUUGGGUGAAGUCGCUCCAGUUUGGGUCCCAGAUUCUCAAGCACCAAACUGUAUGAAAUGUGAGGCCAGAUUUACAUUCACUAAAAGAAGGCACCAUUGCAGAGCCUGUGGAAAGGUUUUCUGUGCAGCGUGCUGUAGUCUGAAAUGCAAAUUGCUAUAUAUGGAUAGAAAGGAAGCCAGAGUAUGUGUAAUUUGCCAUUCGGUACUUAUGAAUGCUCAAAGCCUGGAGAAUUUGCUGAGUGCCCCUAGUCCGAGCCCCAAUCCUAACAAUCCUGCUGAAUACUGUUCUACCAUUCCUCCCUUGCAGCAAGUCCAGGCUUCUGGAGUGCUGAAUUCUCCACCACCUACUGUUAUGGUCCCAGUGGGAGUCUUAAAGCAUCCGGGUACUGAAGUGAGUCAGCCUAGAGAACAAAGACGUGUUUGGUUUGCUGAUGGGAUCUUACCCAAUGGUGAAGUUGCUGAUGCAGCCAAAUUAACAGUGUCUGGAACAAGUUCCACUGGAGCACUUGCAGUUUCACAUGAUCCAAGAAAGCCCAUAAGCAACAACACUUUGCCGGAAGAGACUGAAAACACACUUUCAUUUUCAAGAAAUAUAACUCAGGUUGGAAGUCCAGUUGGCAGUGCAAUGAAUCUUAUUCCAGAAGACGGGCUUCCUCCAAUUCUCAUCUCUACUGGAGUAAAAGGAGAUUAUACUGUAGAAGAAAAACCAUCUCACAUAUCAGUGAUGCAACAGCUGGAAGAUGGUGGCCCUGAUCCUCUUGUAUUUGUUUUAAAUGCAAAUUUAUUGUCUAUGGUUAAAAUUGUAAAUUAUGUGAACAGGAAAUGCUGGUGCUUUACUACAAAGGGAAUGCAUGCAGUAGGCCAAUCAGAAAUAGUAAUUCUUCUCCAAUGUUUACCUGAUGAAAAAUGCUUACCCAAGGAUAUUUUUAACCACUUUGUGCAACUUUAUCAAGAUGCCUUGGCAGGAAAUGUUGUGAGCAACUUAGGACACUCAUUUUUCAGUCAGAAUUUCCUUAGUAGCAAGGAGCAUGGUGGUUUCCUAUAUGUUACACCUGCGUAUCAGUCACUGCAGGACUUGGUGCUUCCCACCCCACCAUAUUUAUUUGGGAUUCUUAUCCAGAAAUGGGAGACUCCUUGGGCUAAAGUCUUUCCAAUCCGACUCAUGCUAAGACUCGGAGCUGAAUACAGAUUGUAUCCAUGUCCACUUUUCAGUGUCAGAUUUCGUAAGCCAUUGUUUGGUGAGACUGGUCACACAAUUAUGAAUCUUCUUGCGGACUUCAGGAAUUACCAGUAUACAUUACCAGUUGUCCAAGGCUUAGUGGUUGAUAUGGAAGUCAGGAAAACAAGCAUAAAAAUUCCCAGUAACAGAUAUAAUGAGAUGAUGAAAGCCAUGAACAAAUCCAAUGAGCAUGUUUUAGCAGGUGGUGCAUGCUUCAAUGAGAGAGCAGACUCCCAUCUGGUUUGUGUGCAGAAUGAUGAUGGCAACUAUCAGACUCAGGCCAUCAGUAUUCAUAAUCAACCAAGGAAGGUGACUGGAGCCAGCUUCUUUGUAUUUAGUGGAGCUUUAAAAUCAUCUUCAGGCUAUCUUGCAAAGUCCAGUAUUGUAGAAGAUGGUGUGAUGGUACAGAUAACAGCUGAAAAUAUGGACUCCCUGAGGCAAGCUCUGAGGGAGAUGAAAGACUUUACAAUUUCUUGUGGAAAAAUGGAUGCUGAAGAACCUCAAGAACAUGUGCAUAUUCAGUGGGUGGAUGAUGAUAAAAACUUCAACAAAGGUGUUGUAAGUCCUAUUGAUGGGAAAUCUAUGGAGUCUAUAAUAAGUGUGAAGAUAUUCCAUGGAUCAGAAUAUAAAGCAAAUGGGAAGGUCAUUAGGUGGACAGAGGUUUUCUUUUUGGAAAAUGAUGACCAACAUAAUGGUCUGAGUGACCCAGCAGAUCACAGCAGACUGACUGAGAAUGUGGCUAAGGCUUUCUGCCUGGCCUUAUGCCCACACCUGAAGCUGCUGAAAGAAGAUGGAAUGACCAAGCUGGGUCUACGAGUUACACUCGAUACUGAUCAAGUUGGCUACCAGGCUGGGAGCAAUGGCCAGCCACUGCCUGUUCAGUACAUGAAUGAUCUGGACAGUGCCUUAGUUCCAGUGAUUCAUGGAGGGGCAUGCCAGCUGAGCGAGGGCCCAGUUAUAAUGGAGCUUAUUUUUUAUAUUCUGGAAAACAUCUCAUAAAAGGACUUCAUUUUCUUUCAGACCUGUUCCAGCAGCAGUUGUAUCUGAAUCAUUUGCACUUUAAAACUGGAAAAUUAAGCUUUUAGUUAACACUAUUGUGAGGGGUUGGGUGGGGUGGGUGGGUGAGAACAGUUGUUCCAUAAUUCUGAAUUGUCUAUGCAUUUGUCAACAAACAGGAUCAGGGCAGCUUCUAUGUUACAAAAAAUGGCUAUGCUAUCUUUGCAGCUAACACACAUCUGUUAUGAAUAGAAAUAGAAACCAGUAAUGGUCAUGUUUUAAGGCAAUUGCAGUCAUGUAUUUUGAUGCUCAAAAGAAUGCAGAGACCACUUGGGGAAUAAGGAAAAGACAUGUGUCAACAUGUAAUUUUUGUAGAUAAACUUAUUAUGGAGAAACAAUCAAGACCUCCAUUCUGACCUCAUUCUACUGCUGUUUAUGGUUAAUUUCUCUAGACAUUUAAAAUAUAUUGUUUACAUUAUUGUGACCACUUUAUUGGUCAGCGUACCUCCAGGACAUGCUGGGCUAUUCUUCAGAGAGGUUCAGAAAGAAAGACACAGAUCAGGAAGAUACCUUUUACAUCUGCCCAAAGCAGAAAUCUUUCCAAAAAUUGUAUGUAAAUUAAGCUUGCAUUUUAUGUGCUUUACCUUUUUCUUUUUUUUGUCUCAUUUAAGAAUGAAAUUGGCAAAUCUGCCGUAAGAGUUUUCUUUUCUUUUCUGCACUUUAGUAAGUCUUAUGCCUUUGGCAGGUUUCUUCAAUCUUAAAUGAGCAACUACAUGAAAUUGCUGUUCUUUUCAGCUGAUCUUCUUUUAAAGGAACACACUUUUUAAUUUUGUUUGAUAGGUGUGUAUUCUAUUUAAACAGUCCAUAGCAUUAACCUUGCACUUUAUAGUAGCACCACUAUAUAAAGCUAUCCUCUGAGAAUUCUAGCAAGUUUGCCUACUGUUCCAUGAUUUGCUUUAGCUGCAAGUUAGAAAGCUUGCACCUUGCCUCACUGGAACUGAACUCUGAGCAGACAAGCAGGUUGAAUCUUCUUGCGAAAACAUAUCAAGCUGGCAGUGACAGUCAGCAAGAGAAUGUGAGCAUUUUCCUGUUAACACUACAUUUCCUGAGAAAACAGUAACAAGCAGAAAGUUGUCAAAAGAUUGAGAAAAUAAAUUCAGAUAUCAUUUGGACAGUGCUAUCCAAAUGAGUAGUUAUCAUCCAUGUGCAAGGAGAUAAAAGACUGACCUUUUACUAAAUGAAGAUUAGACAAUGGACUAGCAAAUUUAUAUUGCAAUUCAAGUAUGGAAAACAGUGGCAGCUAUAACUAAUUUUUCUCUGUAGAUAGCCAUAUACAUGAACAUGUGUAGAUUUCAUUUUAGAAUGAAUUGCCUCUGCAUCCUUAAA